AUGAGUAAUUCAUCUGGAGCUUCGAGUGGAACAUCCAAUGUACAACAGAGAAGAAGAGUUGUGGGUGUACCGAAGACGUGUUGGUGUGGAGCUAGUAUCGUGGCAUUGAUUUCAAAGUCCGCUGCCAAUCCAUACCGCAGUUACUAUCGUUGUGGUUAUGCUGCAUCACUUAAGCUCAUUGAUGAUAACCACAAUUUCAAGUGGGUUGACGAAGCAUUGUUGGAUGAGAUCGAGAGAUUGGCUGUCAGAAUGGCUGUACUUGAACAAACAGUGUCCCAGAUUACAACAGAGAGUAUGGAUCACCAAAAGAUAGUUUUUGAGAGGAUGCAAAUGAAGCUAGAGAAAGAGAUUUUUGAGAGGGUUGUAUGA